CUUACCAACUAGACCCCACCCCCUAACCACUAUACCCCGCCCCAAUGAACAGGACCCCGCCCCCCUAACCAUCUAUGUGGUCACAGAUGAGGUCUCAGUGCUGCAGGUUUCACUAAAUUAUUGUUCUCGUUUUUUCCAUUUCCUCUCUUACUUAAAUCAGACCAUCGGUUGUACAUGCAGGCCGGCUUCAUUGGUGCAGAUGUCGUUUGUAGAUUUAAUGCUUCCAAACUGCCUCCCACCAACCGUACCGCAGGAGACACGGAACCAGACCCGGGUCAAAUACCUAUUUGUUUUGGAUUCAAAUACUUUCCCACGCUUUACUGAUCUUGUCUGGUGUAUUGGAACCGAUGAAAUACUCUCAAAAAAUGCAUACCCCUCCCGCUGGUCAUAUUGGCAGGCUCAAUUACGCCAGGCAAGAUCAAUAGAGCUUUGUAGCACUGAUGCAUUGUGGGAUUUGGAAGCCCUCACUCGGCAGACACUAGUGGAACCCCCCCCCCCUCCCCCAGGCAACAGCCAAUCACAGCUGCCAGCCACAUUCGGGACUGGAGCUGAUUUGAUACUACAGCAUGGAGGACGUCCACACGUACACCAGUGCAGAAUGAGCCACCCAUUACUAACUCCUGGUUUCCCUGAUCUGUAUUACGUGGGGAUCAGCUAGACAUGGCGGAAACAUUGAAGGGGAUCCAGAUGACAUAAAGAUCAGUGAAUCUGUGCAUUAAUUUUUGUCCUCAAUGUUUGUAAGUGCUGGAAGCUUCUGCAGUGUUCUUUAAGCCACAUUUAAUACGAGAUCUGGGCCUUUUUUUUGGUUUCUGCUGUUGUAUAUUGUACAUAUAUUUUUUUCUUCUUCCAAUUAAAUUUCGACAUGUGUUUUUUCUUAUGGAUUCAUAUUUUGUAGUUUGAACUUGCCCCAUUUUUAGAAAGUUACGUAAUACCCAAGUUACGGCGUAUACUUUUAUUUAUGAGCCAACUAUAUGAAUAUAUUAAGUGCCCAUUCACCGAAGUUAAACACGCAUGGUCAGUCUGUCUGGUAGUUGUUUUGAAAUUACCGAUUUGGUAGAAAAACGAUCCGCGUUUUUGAAAGUGUUCUUAUUACCACUUUUUACCAAGAACUUAGCUGAACGCUUAAUGACUAUUGCGCGGUAGCAUCUGCUGCUGCUAGUUUAAACUGCGAAUCUGCUCGCCUGUCAUGUACAGUAAGGCCUUUGACUCUGCUACAUUUUCUAUUUGUUUUUUAUUAAUUAAAACUGCUGAAUGUCUUCAUUUUUGGGUUUUCGCUUAUUUCUUAGAAUGAGAACUACCAGCCACAGACAAGUUUGCUUUGUUUUCAAUUGUUGUCCUCAAACAAACUCGGUUUCAACCUCCACGCCCCUCAAAACAACCUAUCGCAGUGAGCAUUGCCUCAGAACUCAGUUUCCCAAGGUCCUCUGUGGGGCUCUCCCACUGCCAAGAUAGCAGCAAGCACAGAAGAUACUGCUUUCGCAUUUGUGAAAGUCACGUCGCUGUCGUGGUUAUGGGGCGUUAGGAGGAAAUGUUGACAACUUUCCACUGGUUUGAAGAAAUGUCUCACAACGACUGGACUCCGAGGGGCAUCGCACAUUGAUGCGAAGACUUAGCUGACUGGCUUGUAAGUUUUAACUGGGAACUUCGCUUGCAAGCUACCGUUCAAGGAGGAGGAGUGUCAUUGAAGAGGCGAGUUGUCGGAGAUUUGAAGUUGGAUCCGAAAAAUCUAAAAGCACCGAAAGCCACAGGUGGUGCUGCGAAAAUAUCGGACCCGAGGAGGACCCCCAGUCUGUGGACCCGGGCGUCCUGUGAGAACGCCUGACACAAAGGGCACUCCGGCGAUCUGCCCCCGUAGUGGGGGUGGGGUAGGGUGUGGUUUGGGGAGGGGGGUGGUUGCCCCGUGACCGAGCCUGCAUGUGCGUGGGGGUCCUGCCAUGGGGAACGGGGUGCAGGAACAUCAGGGUCCCAGGGCCCUCGCCCAGGGUGAGGUGCUGCCACGCCCUCCUGCUGCCCAGUCUGAGGGCUUUAAGCAGAGCCAUACGAUGGUCACGUCUCUGCUUUCUGGGGCCUUCGCCGGCGCUGUGGCCAAAACUACCGUGGCUCCUCUGGACCGAACCAAAAUCAUCUUCCAAGUGUCUUCAAACAGAUUCUCUGCUAAGGAAGCGUACCGGCUGAUCUACCGCACCUACCUGCAGGACGGCUUCCUCAGCCUCUGGAGGGGCAACUCGGCCACCAUGGUGCGGGUCAUCCCCUACGCCGCCAUCCAGUUCUGCGCCCACGAGCAGUACAAGCGGCUCCUGGGCGAGUACUACGGCUUCCAGGGGAAGGCCCUGCCGCCGUUGCCACGGUUACUCGCCGGGUCGUUGGCGGGCACCACGGCCGCCAUGAUGACCUACCCUCUGGACAUGGUCCGAGCCAGGAUGGCGGUGACACCCAAGGAAAUGUACAGUAACAUCAUGCACGUCUUCGUGCGGAUCUCCCGGGAGGAGGGGCUUAAGACCCUGUACCGCGGGUUCACCCCCACCAUCCUGGGCGUCAUCCCGUACGCCGGCCUCAGCUUCUUCACCUACGAGACGCUCAAGAAGCUGCACGCAGAGCGCAGUGGGCGGAGCCAGCCGUACUCGUACGAGCGGCUGGCGUUCGGCGCGUGCGCGGGCCUGAUCGGCCAGUCGGCCUCGUACCCGCUGGACGUGGUGCGGCGGCGGAUGCAGACGGCGGGCGUGACGGGGCACACGUACGGCAGCAUCGCGGGCACCAUGCGCGACAUCGUGGCGGAGGAGGGCCUGGUGCGCGGGCUCUACAAGGGCCUGAGCAUGAACUGGGUCAAGGGCCCCGUCGCCGUGGGCGUCAGCUUCACCACCUUCGACCUGACGCACAUCCUGCUGCGCAAGCUGCAGCAGCGCGGCUACUUCCCCUGGUAGCCAGCAGAGGGCGACCUGGGGCCGGGGAGGAAGGCGAGAGGUGAUCCUGCGAUUGCGGGCCCUGUCCACUAGGUGGUGCUGGUGGACCCGUGCCGAAAGGCAAGCCUGCGGCCAACGAGGUGUGAUGAUGCGUACCAUCCAGCAGAGGGCAGCGCUGGAGUUAACGUGCCUGUUUUAGCGCAAAUGCCACCAUUUUUGGAGGGGAAAAAAAAAACGCACACUUUUGUCUCGCGUAUGUGCGCGCACACGCACGUGUGUUUGUGUGCCUCCGUGUGUGUGUGUGUGUGUAUGCAAAUGGCUUUCAGGGUUAGGGCAAUGUUGCACGUUGUGGAAGCACAAGAAUAAGGUUUGGCUCUGUGGAACGCUUGGUUUUGGUACUUCUGAGCAGGGCAGAGCAUUUUCUACCAGCUGCUAAGGGAAUGGGUAGUGUUGUGUGUGGGGGUUAGGGUUAGGGGCAGAAUCUCCCAGCUGUGCUACCCUAUCAGAUGCUCGGAUGAUGUCACAUAUAGGUCUAGGCCUGCAGCAUUAGGAAACGCUGUUUCAGUAACUCACUCAGUGGUUGUAUGUACACAGGUACGUGUGUGCGUGUGUGUGUGUGUGCGUGCGCGCGUUUAUGUGUGCACGCGAGAGCGAUUUUGUCUUGUCCUUAAUGACUGUUCAGAAGCAACAAAGUUAUAGAACAAAGACUGACAAGCCCAGGUUAGUAGGCUUAAUUUUGCUGUUAUUAAUUCCACGUGGAGAAACGGUGGAAAGACAGUGUUUUCGUCACAGAACACCACGUUUCUGUCCUUUGUUACACAGAGCUUCUCUCACUGUUUGAUGAAGCGUUAAUUGUUAAAUACCAGACCUGGGUCAAAUACACAUUUGUUUUGGAUUCAAAUAUUUUUCUGUGGUCUGUUGAUCUUGCCUGGCGUAAUUGAGCCUGCCGGUAUGACAAGAAGUCGAGGUUUUUCACUUUUUGAGCGUAUUUCUUUGGUUCCAGUACACCAGGCAAGGUUGGUAAAAGCAUAGAAAAGCAUUUGAAUCCAAAACAGGGACGUUUUUGACCCAGGUCUGUUGAACACGUAUUUUGUGCAUGGUGUGGUUCCUAACCUGACUAACGUUUACGCGUUUGCUCUGCUGUAGUCGUGUUUUUAAAGUGUUCUGUGGUUUGGCCGCGUGGUGACUGCUCUUGGGUUUGGUGCGCUGGUGAGGGCGGGUUUGGUGCGCUG